AGAUUUCAUACAACUUUUAAAAGAACAAUCAUGCCAAUAGGACGUACAAACACACAACACAUUGUCAUUUUGGGCUCAGGUGUCAUCGGUGUCACUACCGCUAUUACACUUGCGAAGCAAGGAUAUCAAGUUACUGUCUGUGCAAGAGACUUACCAACUGACUCUGAAUCAACCGGUUUCGCUUCCCCAUGGGCUGGUGCUAACUGGUUCACCUUUGCUUCCAAGUUUGAUUACAGAAUGCAAAGAUGGGAGGAAUAUACUUUCAAGAAACUUUGGAGCCUCAUUCCUAGCGGACACGUUAUGGAAUUACCAAUAAAGGUCUACAAGUCUGAACAAGCUAUAAAAGACUUAUGGCAUCAACAUCUUACACCAAACUUCAGAAGAAUCCCAGGCCCUUCAAAUAACCCAGACAUUUCAGGCGUUGCAUUCACUUCUGUCUCACUUUCCGCACCAGAUUACUUAAAGCACCUUCACCAAGUUGCCAAACAAUUGGGUGUUAAAUUCGUUAGAAAGUCAGUUAGUUCAAUUCACGAACCUUUCGAUUACACACAAGAUUUGCCUGUUGCUGAUUUAGUCGUAAAUGCAACUGGUUUAGGCGCUCGUAAAUUACAAGGCUGCAAUGACCCACAGGUUAUGCCAAUUAGAGGUCAAACUGUCGUCGUUGACGCUCCAAAUGUCAAAGAAUGUGUCAUGGCUGUUGACAGCUCAUACGGUUCAGAAUCUGCAUAUAUUAUUCCAAGACCAAACGGUCAGGCUAUCUUAGGUGGUUGCUUCCAAGUCGGUAACUGGGAUACCACCAUAGAUAAUGACAUGGGUAAAAGGAUACUCGAGCGCUGCUUCGAGCUUAACAAGAAUCUCUCACCAACUGGUAAAUUCGAAGAUAUCAAAGUUUUAAGACACAAUGUUGGACUUAGACCUGCAAGAGAAGGCGGUACUAGACUUGAAAUCGAGAUGCUCGAAUCAGACAAAGAAUACGAGCAAGGUACUAUGCACCCAGUUGUCCACGCUUAUGGUAUUGGACCUGCAGGUUUCCAAUGUAGUUGGGGUAUGGCUAGAGAUGUUCUCAACUUGGUUGAUGAGCACUUCAAAUCAUCUAGAACAACAACAGUCGACUUGUUCACAUCAACUGAAGCUGUUAAGUCAAACACAACACCAAGAAGUUGCCCAACUGUUACCUCAACAACACGUUCUCGUUCAUCUUCACAACGGUGGAUGCCAAAGUCUCCAAUCAUUUCCCCUCAAACAGUUUUGAUCUAAGUUUAGGACUGAAAUGUUAAUUUAUCUGCACAUUGCAAAAAUAAUAUCAUUACGAAUCAAAGCUCAAAAUUAUUAUUAGCUCUGGUUAGCUAAUUAAUUGCACAAAAAUUGCAUAUACCCUUAAAAUUCAAAAUUUUCUCAGAACGUAAUUCUACUUUAAAAUGCUUGUAUUAUAAUAACACUAUAUUGAGUAAUAAAAUUGAAUGUUGUUUAUCUCUAA